CGCCGGUGCCGUGCAGCCUGUUUACUUCGGAAUUGUGCCUUGUUCCUGCUGCUAUCUUCUAUCUAGCGAAGCACCAGUUCUGCCAGUUCGUAGGGAUAUCUUGCCGUUGCACCGUCUUCAUCUGAUUGGAUAUUUUUGCCAUCCGACAUUCACUUGUUGUGUCAGUGCGAGGUUGAAGUGGACAUCGCAAUGCCGAAUUACUGCGCGGCACAUGGGUGCCGCAGCACUUACGGUCGCGAUGACGUCGCUUUUCACAAAUUUCCUCGGGAUAAGAAAAUGGCUGCAAAAUGGGUAGCUGCAUUUAAAAGAAAAGGCUUCAAACCUACGAGAGCGAGCGUGCUGUGCUCCAAGCACUUCCGCGACAGCGAUUACGUACGAAGCCCGGCUCUCACGCGGUCGCUGGGAUUGAUGACCAGAUGUGCGCGACUGAACAGCGACGCGGUCCCUUCUGUGUUUCCGCACCUGAGGGGUCCCUCACCGCCACCACGACCUGCCUUCGUGAAAAGACGAAAACUUGAGAUGCUUGCAGAAUUGCUAGGCAGUGGAAAUGACAAAGUGGAAAGGCCAGGCCCCAGUUCAAGUGAGAACUCUUCACCAGGUAAUCCAGCAGUGGCUGCAACACUUGAUGAUUGCCCAGAUGAUCAUCCCCAGGAGGUACAAGGAGUGAGCAUUUCCAAUCCACAAACUUGUGACCAGUGCAUGCAAACAGAUGUGAAGCGAACACGCAACAAGAGCGUGCGUGCAGAUGUGCAGCCGCCAACACGCUACAAGGGCGUGCAGGCAGGUUUUCAGCGAACAACAUGCAACAAGGGCGUGCAGACAGACAUAAAGAAAAGCAGAGGUUAACGCUUCACCCAAGCAAAGCCUCAAAGCAUUUCAAUAGGUACGUUUUUGUGAAUCGAAUUUGCUGCACUUGUGAUACUAUGU